UCCUCUUCCACACCUAAAAAGAAAAAAGGGAGGAAAAUGGUGCUUACAACCGCUACUCCUGCAGAGGAGCAGUAUGUGGAAUCCAGUACUUUUGCUUCCAGAUAUGUCCGCGAUCCCCUUCCCAGGUUCAAGAUACCAGAAAAUUCAAUGCCCAAGGAAGCAGCAUAUCAAGUAAUACACGACGAACUGAUGCUCGACGGGAAUCCGAGGUUGAACUUGGCAUCAUUUGUGACUACAUGGAUGGAGCCCGAGUGUGACAAGCUUAUGAUGGCUUCGAUAAACAAGAACUAUGUCGACAUGGAUGAAUACCCUGUUACCACUGAGCUCCAGAAUCGAUGUGUAAACAUGAUAGCAAACUUAUUCAAUGCUCCAACCGAGAGCGGGGAGACAGCAGUCGGUGUCGGGACCGUUGGUUCCUCUGAGGCAAUAAUGCUUGCAGGCUUAGCCUUUAAAAGGAAGUGGCAGGAGAAGAGAAAAUCACAGGGCAAACCCUAUGAUAAGCCCAACAUAGUUACGGGAGCGAACGUGCAGGUUUGCUGGGAGAAGUUCGCGAGGUAUUUCGAGGUGGAGCUGAAGGAGGUUAACCUGAGAGAGGGAUAUUAUGUGAUGGACCCUGUGAAAGCAGUUGAUAUGGUCGAUGAGAACACCAUAUGCGUGGCAGCCAUUCUGGGAUCUACCCUGACCGGGGAGUUUGAGAAUGUGAAGCUCCUUAAUGAACUUCUGACCAACAAGAACAAGGAAACGGGUUGGGAUACCCCAAUACAUGUGGAUGCUGCCAGUGGAGGCUUCAUUGCUCCCUUUGUUUACCCUGAUAUUGAGUGGGAUUUCCGCCUGCCAUUAGUAAAAAGCAUCAAUGUCAGCGGGCACAAGUAUGGCCUUGUCUAUGCCGGUGUUGGCUGGGUUGUGUGGAGAAGUAAGGAGGAUUUGCCCGACGAUCUCGUCUUUCACAUCAACUACCUUGGAUCCGAUCAGCCUACUUUCACCUUAAACUUCUCUAAAGGCUCCAGUCAAAUCAUAGCUCAAUAUUAUCAGCUUAUUCGGCUUGGUUUCGAGGGAUACAAGAAUAUCAUGGAAAAUUGCAUUGACAAUGCAAGAGUUCUGAAGGAAGGGAUUGAAAGCACAGGACGAUUCGAAGUAGUCUCCAAGGACGUCGGCGUUCCCCUGGUGGCUUUUGCUCUGAAAGACAGCAGUAAAUACACAGUGUUUCAGAUAUCCGAUAGUUUGAGGAAGUUCGGGUGGAUUGUUCCAGCGUAUACGAUGCCUGCAGAUGCCCAACACAUCGCCGUUAUGCGUGUGGUUGUUAGGGAGGACUUUGGUCGCAGCCUGGCCGAGAGACUUAUCUCACAUAUCAAGGAGGUGCUGAAGGAACUAGACUCACUUCCAAGUCAUAUCGUCGUGAAGGAUUCCCACGUCGGUGCUGUUGCCGAAGCAGUGGCAGAGGGGAGUAAGGGUGGGGAGGCAGCUAAAAGGACUGAGAGAAUGAUUCUAGAGAAGGUCACUAAACAAUGGAGGGGUUUUGUGGAAAGUAAGAGGAUAGGGGUGUGUUAAAGAGACUCGUAUUAUAUAUUUGCAGCCGUAAUUUGAAUAAGUGGAUUGUUGGGUCUAACUGCGGCAUGUGUUACCUUUUUACAUGUUAAUCUCAGUUGUGUUUGAAUAUUAUGUUCAAAUAAAGCAAUGUAUGGAUGUGCUUUUA